AUGGACAACGAACAUCAAGCGCAGCACAGCGAACAGUCGCACCUUCCUCCCCACAUCGAGCGCUCCCAGUCGAGUUCGUCCUCGUCUUCUGUCGACCACGAGCACGACGAGCACCAGAUCCACCAGCCGACGCCCAUCCGCCCUCGUUUACCCAGCCGGAAGAGCAGUGGACCUCUAGUCGUGCCCCGAGACAGCUCGGCUGUCGGCCCCAUCGAUGCCGAGUUUGGACCUGACGAUGUGAGGGCGAUGAGCCCGCGGAGGACCAGCGAGGACAUUGAAGCACUUGGCAGAGAAGCCCGGGAAGAAUUGAAGAGACACGCGAAGGCCCUUCAGGACUCUCUCCUGACUAUUUUCAACCGCAUCGAGGCCGUCAGAGAAGAACACGACAAGCUGGAUAACAACAACAAGUUCCUUCAGAAGUACAUUGGCGACCUCAUGACCACGAGUAAAAUCACUGCGGCCCCCAGCAAGGGCAAGAAAUGA